UCGAGUCUGUAGAUAAGCAAGGCAAUCGGUUAAAUAAAAAUGAGUUUAUUAUCGCUCAGACAAGCACGCCUUCAGAAAUUUGGACAGACGGUGCAGCGCAUGGCUUUUCUAGCCUUUUAAGCCUCUCCUUUUAAUUGCACCUAACAAAAAUCACUAAUGCAUAAUAAACUGCGAUGCGAUAAGCGCUCAGUUAAUGUAUUUUAAGUUUUGGAACGAUGAUUAAAAACUCCAAAGAAGGAUACCUGGGGGCCAGCGGUAAAGCAGGACGAUGAGUGGCACCGAGCCGUACCAAAGUCUGCGCUGCAGACUGCUCUCCAGCACCGCACUCCCAGCAAUGCGUCCUUUAACAACUUGGGUGAAAACUUUUAUUUGGAGCCUGAUUUCCAAGACAGCUAAUUUUUUUUACCGAACUCCCAUGCAGUCCACUUCAAGAAAAAACAACGGAUUGUCCGCUACUGACUUUUAAAUGCUCACUCAUGAGAUUCUCUCAUGUUGCGUAAAGUCACAACGCCAUAUAUUUAUGUCUGGGAAUGGAUUUCAGCUUUCCAAAAGUUCUUUGGGACGCAUGGAUAUUGUUAUUUGAUCAAUAAUUUAACUGGGAAGACGACGCUGCAUCUCGUACCGUCCUCUUUUCCAGGUAUGGAGCGAUCGGAUCAGUUUGAGCCCAUUUAUGAAUUAUAUCAAUCUUGGACAAAUAACUCAGGUAAUGUCACUGGAGGGAAUUACAACAGUAAGGAUACAGCUUCAGAAAGAGACGUCGCCUUCCAGGCUAGCUUGGCAAUAACGCUGUCCCUGAUAACACUCGCUACCGUAUUGUCUAACGGAUUUGUAAUCAUCACUAUAUACAGAACCAGGAAGCUGCAUACUCCCGCAAACUUUCUGAUCGCCUCUCUGGCAGUGACAGACCUUCUGGUGUCUAUUUUAGUAAUGCCCAUCAGCACACUUUACACCGUGAGUGGUACGUGGACUUUAGGACAGAUAGUAUGCGACAUCUGGCUCUCCUCAGAUAUUACCUGUUGUACCGCAUCAAUACUCCAUUUGUGUGUUAUUGCCUUAGACCGUUACUGGGCUAUUACGGACGCAGUUGAAUAUUCCAAAAAAAGGACUCCUGCCAGAGCAGGGCUGAUGAUUGCAGUCGCCUGGGUCAUAUCAAUCUCCAUAUCGAUACCACCUUUGUUCUGGCGACAAGCUAAGGCAGAGGGGGAAAUCAGCUCCUGCCUGGUGAACAGCGAUCACAUCCUUUACACCCUCUACUCCACUUUUGGGGCAUUCUACCUUCCCACAUUUCUCCUCAUAGUCCUCUAUGGGAAGAUCUACGCGGAAGUUCGGUCGCGAAUCUUGAAACAGUUGCCCAAAAAGACAGGUAAAAGACUCACCUCCGCGCAUCUGCUCACCGACUCCCCUGCCUCGGUCGCCUCGACAACAUCUUUAAAUGGCAGGGGUCAAGAGGCUGAAACGGGCUCCCCGGUUUAUCUCAACCACGUUAAAGUCACGGUUUCUGAUGCACUUCUUGAAAAAAAGAGGAUAUCCGCGGCUCGAGAGAGAAAAGCCACUAAAACUUUAGGUAUCAUUUUGGGAGCGUACAUCGUCUGCUGGUUGCCCUUCUUUAUUUUAACUUUAGUGCUGGCUAUCUGCGAGGACGCCUGUUGGUUUCAUCCUCUGCUCUUCGACUUUUUCACCUGGUUAGGCUAUCUGAACUCUUUAAUUAACCCCAUCAUUUACACCGUGUUUAACGAAGAUUUCAAACAAGCCUUCCAAAAGCUGAUGCGCUUUAGGUGCUGUGCACCUUGAUUGUAUUGUAAACAGUUGUGUUCAAUGUGAACGGUAGGUCCGUGUGGUAGUUUUAUAAAAACGGAUUCUGAAAGCUAGAUCUUAUUCAAAUUGUAUUGGUAAAAUGAAGCUUUUUUCCACCCAUUACUUUAAGGGGUUUGAAAAGUUUAAGCCAUUGCGUAUGUAUGGCUUCAUGCGCAGACAUAAAACACUCCGUUUCGACCCAGUUUUAAUUUCAUCUUCGCAAAGUCAAAGUUUUGGUUUAUAUGUAUACAUUUUCUUUAUUACGUAUACGGACAUCUGGCCUUUUUGCUGCUGAAAAUUAAAUCGAUUCCGCUCGCGCACCUAUUCUAACCUGCUUUCUUUUUUUAAAAACGGCAAUGCAUACGUUCGAUUUGUUCCUGAUUAUGUAAGAGAAAAUAUCUACAUGGACCUAAAGUUGCAUGCUGCGUUAUAAUUGAUGUUGCUGUCAUUCGUCAAGGUCAAACAUUUUUUUUUCGAAGGCUAUGAUUUAUUAUAUAAGGCUUCCACCUCCGUGUACAUGCGUGCGUUUGUCAGUGUCUGAGGGAGUCUUCUUAAAGAGGGUUAAUGCACUCGUUCAUCGGGGGCCGCUUUGUCGCCUUUCACCUGAGGUCUUCAUUUACAGGUAUAAAUCUUGUCGGUAGUUUAAACGAUCAUUAGGAAACCAUAAUACGCGAAAGAAUGUAAAAAACAAAAAAAAAAAAAAAAACACGUUAAAAUUGUCUACGUUAAAAGAGCAAUCGAAUUUGAGUAGCAGUUGAACUUGUAAAGCUUAAGUGGCACUGAAGGUCAGAUUUUUUUUAUACAUCUCAUUAAUGCUUUCCAGAAGAUACACCGAAUUUUAUGAAUAUGAUAACUUUUUUGGAUAAAGGAAUUGGUUUAUGGUAAAGGAACAAAUAUAAAGUUUUCAUUAUACCUUAGGUAUUUUUGAAGGAAGAUAUACUCCGUUAACAGUGACCCCAUGGAUGUGAGCUUGACUGAGAUUUUUUUAUAAAGCGAUGUUACCUCAAGAAAGGAAAAAGGUGCAAUUCAUAUAUUACCUAGUAAUCUAAUUGGGUAUAAUGGUAAGAAAACUGUAAUUAAAUCUAAAAUUAUAUAUACAAAAAAGUAUGUGAUAAGAAAAUGAAGACGCAACAGAUGAUUAUCAGGUGAUUACAUUCCUGGAAUGAGCUAUAUAAAAAUCAUUUUAUUAUAUUUACAUUAGUCAUGAUGCUAUAUAGAGAAAACCCUUAACAUAAUGAUGAUGAUAAAUAUAUACCUGUUAUAUCACAUACUGACAUAUGCAUCUUGUUA